UGGUUAAGAGCGUGUCGCGGGGCGUUACCCCGGAAGUUGCAGUAGUAGCGUGAAAUCUGUCAAUGUGCGAGCAGUCUCUGAACAAAUCAAACGUUUAUCUCAAUUAAAUUAAUUAAUCUGUUCUUCAUCAUGUCUGCUAGAAAUCCGGGAAUGCAUCUUGAUCUGGAAUGGGUGUCAAAAGUCCGAGUCAACACACAGGCUGUUCUUAAGAGAGCCCAGCAGAUACAAGGACGCAAAGUUGCCAAAAAACAGUGGCAGGCGGCUUGGCUGCUAAAGGCUGUCACGUGCAUUGAUCUCACCACCCUUGCUGGUGAUGACACACCAUCUAAUGUCCAUCGCCUCUGUAUGAAGGCCACACAGCCCAUUCGUCAUGAUCUGCUAAAGAGCAUGGACAUGCAUGAACAAGGUAUCACAACCGCUGCUGUUUGCGUAUAUCCAUCACGGGUGGCCGAUGCAGUAAAAUCUUUAAAGGCAGCCAACUCCAAUCUUCCUGUUGCAUCAGUGGCCACUGGUUUUCCUGCUGGUCAGACGCCAUUAAAGACCCGUCUGGAGGAGGUCCGUAUGGCUGUGGAAGACGGUGCUAUGGAGAUUGACAUCGUAAUCAACCGGACUUUGGCACUUACGGGGCAAUGGGCAGCCCUGUAUGAUGAGAUAAAGCAGUUCAGAGAGGCCUGUGGGGACGCUCAUAUGAAGACCAUCCUGGCAGUGGGAGAACUGGGAAACUUCACAAACGUCUAUAAAGCCAGUCUGGUGUCCAUGAUGGCAGGAUCGGAUUUUAUCAAAACUUCAACUGGGAAGGAAUCGGUCAACGCCACUUAUCCUGUAGCUGUAGUAAUGGCACGAGCCAUUCGUGACUAUUACCUGAAGACAGGCCAUAAGGUGGGUUUCAAGCCCGCGGGUGGCAUUCGUACGGCUCAGGAGUCUGUGGUGUGGCUGACCCUGAUGAAAGAGGAACUUGGUGACGAUUGGCUAAAUCCUCACCUUUUCCGAAUAGGAGCAAGUAGCCUGCUCGCUGACAUUGAACGGCAGAUUUAUCACUACGUGACUGGGCGCUAUCCAGCAUAUCAUGAACUUCCUAUGGCUUGAACCUCCAUGGCCUAAAGCUUUAAAUGGUUAUAAUCACGCAGUAACGCUAUGGGAAGAUGAUCUUACACCGGUUCAAGUCAAUUAUGAAACUACAUUAAUUGUCUUAGGCUGAAAUGAAGUACCUUGGAAAUGUACCAGUAUGCCUAAUAUUCACAUCAGCACAAGCCGUAUAUUUUAUUACACUGUAAAGACUUUUUAAAGCUAUGUUGUGAAAUAAUGCACAAAGUAAAAGCGCUCAUUUUA